GACUUGAGAGGGUGAUGGUCGCAAAUGAUAACAACAGUAAUAAUGAUGCUGAAACUGAAAGCUAUUGAGAUCCUGCCUUCUUCAUCUGCUUUUGCUGCUACCACUCAACAUUGGAAACACCGUAUUCGUAUUCGUAUUCGUAUUCGUAUAAGUCAAAGCUUCUUCUCCUCCCUUUCAAUCCCGUCAUCAUUUUCUCUUCACCCUUCUUUCAAACACUUCCCCUCCGUAGCCAUGGCUUCUCUCUCAUCUACCUCCAAUGACUCCUCGUCUUCUCCCUCUUCGUCACUUCACUCCGCCGGAGAUGUUCAAAAGAUUAAGUUCUGUCAGUGGUGUGGUGGUACAACAAAGCAUGAUAUACCUGAUGGAGAAGAAAGGUUGAGAGCUAUAUGUACAACUUGUGGGAAGAUUGCCUAUCAGAACCCAAAAAUGGUAGUUGGCUGUCUUAUUGAACAUGAUAACAAGGUCCUGCUUUGCAAGCGGAAGAUUGAACCAUCUUAUGGCCUUUGGACGCUUCCUGCUGGGUAUUUGGAAAUCGGAGAGUCGGCUAUGGAAGGUGCUAUUAGGGAAACAAGGGAAGAAGCCAAUGCAGAUGUGGAAGUGAUUUCUCCUUUUGCUCAAUUGGAUAUUCCUUUAAUUGGCCAAACUUACAUAAUCUUCUUGGCAAAGCUAAGGAAGCCCCACUUUUCGCCAGGUUCAGAAUCAUCAGAAUGCAAGCUUUUCUCGCUUGAUGAAAUACCUUUCAGUUCUUUAUCUUUCUCGUCAAUGGUGGUUACCUUAAAUUUGUAUGUUGAGGACAUGAAGGCAGGAAGAAAUCCCAAAUUCCAUUAUGGUACUAUUAACAAAAGGCCGGGUACUAGUCCUUCCGAUAUUGAUGCGUUUACACUGGAGGAUCAUAUGCAGUCAUGACUCAUCGAUGAUGAGUCCUAACAGACUGGUAAGUCCACUGUCCAGUGUCCACUGCUUUAUGACAUUACACAAAAGAUCAUGCACAAUGUGUACUUC